CAUACUUUUCUCCAGCUGUCCAGAGCGGCCUGUGCCCUCCCGGCCUUGUAGGUGUGCUGUGAGUCUCUCCUCGUUUCUGCCUGUGCUCUACACCUUGGCUACGGCCACCUCUGCUUGCAAGUAUGUCUGCAAAAAUCACAGAAAUAGAGAGAGACAUAGAGCGAACCACCGAGCUGAGCCCCUCUUCUGAGGAGGAAGCCUUAGUUUUGAGGCAGAAGCCUGAACUGAUGCAAGUCCCAGACGAGAGCGAGGACGUCACUCUGAAGCAGUGGAAGGCCCGGCAGCUGCAGCGCCUGGCUGAGGAGCUGAAGGCAGAGUGGCGGGAGGCCCGCCUGCAACAGGUCAGAGACAUGGAACGCCUCUAUUUAGCCCAUCUGUUGGAUGAAGCAACAGGACGGGCCGGGGGAAACAACCUCACCUUGAACGAACGCAACCAGAGAAGAUCAGCAAAACACAUCAGGGCUAAGGGGAGAAAUAGAGCAGCCUUUAGAGAGGAGAAGGGCCACCGGGAAGAGCAUCCCAGGCAACACCUCAAGUCCCGGAAAAAAGCAACAUGCUCAGAGAGACAGGGUUCUUCCAAAGCCCGGGGCCAAAACCCCAGUGAGAAGGGUAAAGGGAAACGGGUACCUUCGAGUAAGAGCAAUGGCGGCUGCCAGCCCUUGGGCCCUCGAAUGGGCAGAGGGGCAGACCUGGUGAAGCUCAACCCACUCUUGGUUGACACUGGGGAAACUGAGUGUGCGGAGGAGGUACAGAAGGAAAUUCCCCGGGAGGGGAGGAGGUCGAUGGGAAGGGGGACUGCACACUUUGCUCAGAGCAUAAGUCACAACUUGAGAGUCCAGUGUCCGCAGGACCAAACCCCUGACCUAGAAAAGCCCUUGCCCCUCAGCUCCGCCUUCAGACAGGAGGCCACGCCCCUGGGGGCAUCAUGCAAGUACAGCGAUAAGAAUCAGUGGCAUAAAGAGAUCGAGUCUGCCUUCGAAGAAUUGUUUAACACAAAUAGAAAGCUGAAGAAGCAUCUGAAUUUGCACCUGGAACAGAGGCUCAAGGCGGACCAGAAUCCAGAUGAGCCACAGAGCUGCACAGAGACUCUGGGUGAGCACAGCGAAAGCCCAAGAGAGGAGAGUACAGAGAAGGCAGAAAGGAUUGCUGAGGAGUCUGGGAGUCCUUUGGAGAUGGAGGCCCCCGAAACGUGGUCCAAAACCAAUUUGAAACAGUUGCUAAGUGAGAUUGAGUACCCCAGGUACCAACAGAUGGCAAGGCACCUUUUAAAGAAUGAAAGCCUGACACCUGAUCCUGAGGCAGGAACAUUGAGUGAGCAAGAUGACUCAUUCUCAGAAAGCCCAGAGCCAGGACGGGAACUACCCAAGUCAGCCACAGGGGAGGACGAGAGCCUUAAGCCUUACCUGGAGAAACAGGUGGGCUCUGCAGCAAGCUGGAUGGCUUUGAGGCAAAAGCAAAAGGCAGAGCUGGAGGAGAGAAGGCAAAAGACAUUGCUGGAGCUGACAGAGCACCCCAACAUGAGCUUGGAAAUCCAUUACAAGGCCGAGCUAGAGGAGGAACGUAGGGAACGCAGAAGGAUGCGCUUGGCCAUCCUCAAGUCUUAUCCUACCAGGGUCCAGACCCCAGCCCCUGACCGAACAACCACUGACCAAAGCGUUUCCCUGGACAACAGCCUUCUGGAUGAGGACAAACAGAACCAGAUGAUCCGUGACCUUCAGCAGCAGAUUUUAGAGCAAAACAAGUUACACAAGCAGUUUUUGGAAAAAGCCAGGAAACGCUUGCAAGAGUUUCAAAAAACAUUUUAAAGGCAGACCCACCCGACAUGAAUACAUCCCUGAUGGCCACUUUGCCUGCACCAUGCCUGCAUCUCUUAAGUCUGUUUGUCCGCCAUC